AAUAAAGCAGUAUGGCGGACUGAAUGGCGAUAAAUAUGAAUAUACGAUCUACGCUCUUUUUUAACAAGCAAAUUAAUACAAGAUCACGGAGAAUCAUGUAAUUUUGUUGUGUGUUUGUUUGUUUUUUGAAUUUCGUUUUGUGUAUGCCAAUUUAUCAUUUGUCCGUAUCUGAAACAAAUCUUGUCCCCAUAGGCUGGGACACAACAUCAAGAAAUCCCACGGAAACGCGUGCAGGAUAUGACCAUAAUGUUUUAAUACGUAAAAAGUACAAGUAUUUAAGGUUAUGUUGCUCACUGAGUUAAGCCUCACACGUACAUGUACAGUGUUUAAUCAAAGGUUAGACAUCACCGUAAUAAUUUGUCAUAAAAGGUAUUUUUUUAAAUUCUAUAGCGACUAUGUUACAUUAUACUAUUUCGAUCAGUUAAGCCUAUUAAAAUUAGCUAGUGAUUCCUGGAAACUGGUACAAUUAGUGAAUUCAGAUGUAUGAUGACAGGUAGCAAAACCAUUUUGUUACCUGACCUUGUCACAAAGUGGAAAAUCAAGUUGUUACAUUUGAACUAAUCGCUAUUUUCCCUUCAAUUACAGGUCCAGAGUCAUUGUUGCAUUGGCAGAAGAGAGCAGCAUUUAUAUUCCUCUGAAUACAAAAUCAAAUAUAAUACUUAAUUUGUGAACCUUUUAAGCCAAUCACCAUUUAAAGGAGAAAUGAAGUCAUUUCAGAUAACUAGGUUGUUAUGUACAAAGCAAUCUACAGGAAUGUCUAAGAGUCUUCAUCAUUCUUUUUUGCGCUGGCAAGAACAUGGAAGUUCUGUAUCUUCUGCAGCUCAUCGACUUUUAGGGAGACGUGUUUGGUACAGCCAUCAUUUGGGUAGAUCAUAUUACAAAGGCUCCUGGGGAUACCAACAUUUAUCUUUCCGAGGAUUUCAUACAAGUAAACCAAGAUUUGCUGCCCCAUUGGCACCACUUGCUGCUUUUCUUGUUAAAUUAGCUGGCCCACUAUCCAAAGGGAUCAAACUGGCUGCUAUUGUAGGUGGAAGGUAGGGUUUUACUUUUGAUGAACAGUAUUUCAAUCCCCAUCCAUACAGCUGCCUCACUACUAUUAUGAUCACUUUGAUUAUGAUCCAGCUCGCAAAAUACUUUUGCAUGUACAUUUUCUUAUAAGAAAACCCACUGAAUGAGGACAUUCAUCUUGUUGAUAAAGCCCAUCACUUCAUGGUAAUAGAGCACAUUUUUCUUUUUAAAGGGCAGACUGGGAGUGUAUGUAAAGAGUUUUAGUGUUGAAUUCUCACAUCUAAAAAAUGUUGUAAUUUCCUCAGCAAACAACAUCAGCAAUGUAAUAGCCUCUCUACAAGAAAAGAAUCCAGCUACAUAUGAAGUAAAUUUAGUUACAAAUUGGACAUGCGCCCUGCUAACAUGACUACCACAUCAACCCACCUAUUUCAUAGUCCUUCAAGUAUUGUUUAUAGGUGUGAUUGCCAGCCAAAAUAAAUUUGUUCUUCUACAUUCCCAUGGGGGAAAGGGAACUAGGGAGUCCAAAUUGCCACCUCCCAUACUUUGCGUUGCUGGGUUCUGCCCAUUUCUUCUUGGCUUUUUCCCUUUAGGCCUUCUCUGACUGCAAAAUAUUGAGCAUUGCUGAAUAAUUUCCCCAUAUUUUUCCUGCUUCCCCUUUUUAAGAACUCCCACCUCUCACCUUUUCCUCUCCAGCCUUCCUUACCUCUCCUACCCUUGGGCCUGAAUUCCCCUAGAUAUCAUCCCCUAGUCCUCCCCCUUAUUUUUGCAAAUCUGGACCCUCUCUAAUGCCUGUCUCGUAUACAGUUUGUAGUAAUGACAUUCAAAAUACUGAGAUUGUACAAACAAAUACCUCAUUCCACGUGAAAACACUUAAAAUAUUGAUUUUCCAUUUUUCAGGACUUUUCGCAAAAAUUGGAAAAACUUAUCAGCCAAAAACCGUUUGCAAUUGUCUAAGGGGGUCACAGUUUUCAUCGGAGGUUUUGGAGGAGCUUGUGUUGGAUUUUACUUCUUUCACUUAGAAGAAUCACCUGUGACACACAGGACAAGAUUUAUGCCAAUCUCUCACAAGCAAAUGGUAGAACUGACUGAAAAGGAGUAUAAGAAUGUAUUGGAAGCAUUUGCUGAACACAUUCUGCCACCAAACCAUCCCGAUCAUGUGAGAGUUUUCAGGGUUGCGACAAGAUUAUUGUUGGCUAAUCUUGGUGAGGAGAUGAACAAUUUAUCUUGGCAAGUCAACGUGGUGGAAAGUGAUGAAAUUAAUGCAUUUGUUUUACCAGUAAGUAGCUACAAUAUUGCUUUUUGCUUUUUGGUUUUGUUUGUCUGAAAUCUGGUCCAAAACUCAUCAAGACUUCUUUCAAAAUUCUAAACAUUAUUAGGGGAAUAUUGUGAAGUUGUAGUGUGAGGUACUACCCCCUGAUGUACUGUAUAAAAUUGUAAAAAAUUGUUAAGAACAAGAAAUGAUACAAAAGUGCUGUCAAGUUCAGGUAUUUUCAUAAUAACUUAUUUUAGUCUAAUGAGAGUGGCACAGUAUGAUUGUAUGAUUUUUAUUAUAGUAAUCAAGUUAAUAAGUUAGUGAAAGUUCUAAGUUGACUUUUCAUAUGUUGUAUCUGCAGAAUGGCCAGAUUUUUAUGUUCACUGGAAUGCUGAAGCUUUUACACAAUGAUAAUACUCUUGCAACUGUACUUGGGCACGAGAUAUCGCAUGCUAUUUUGCAACAUGGUGUAAGUGUUAACUUAAAAUAAUGUCAGGGGAUGAAUUUUAGACCCAAUGUUAUUUGGAUCUUGUUUACUGUGGGUAAUGUCGACCGAGAUAUCGGUCGAUAUAGCGGUCGAUAUAGCGGUCGACACUCGGUCGAUAGUCGGUCGACACUCGGUCGACAGUCGGUCGAUACUCGGUCGACACUCGGUAGAUAGUCGGUCAACACUCGGUUGACAGUCGGUCGAUAUAGCGGUCGAUAGUCGGUCAAUAGUCGGUUGAUAGUGGGUCGACACUCGGUCGAGACACGGCCGAUAGUCGUUCCAGAUGUGUCUCGGCCGAUAUAGCUUUUCGUUCACCGACACUUCGCCGACUUUUCGCCGACAUUUCGCCGACAUUUCGCCAACACUUCGCCGACACUUCGCCGAUACUUGGUCGAUAGUUGGUCGAUACUUGACCGAUGUGUCAGUCAGUAAUUGGUCGACACUUAGCAUUUCCUACAUUUUCCUACAUUUUUGCGGGACCACAGGAGCAGCAGAUUCAACUUAGGCUGAGACAGGUUCUGUUUAACAGCUAAAACUCAGACGAUCGGUGAUGAUACAAACUGGAAAAAAAAAGGUUAUCAUGUCCUUAAUUCCCAGUGCUCUUCGGUUCUCUUCAUAGCGUAAUCGCGCCUUGCACUGCCACAUGUUCCCCAUCGCAUGAUAACAGUAAUUAAUGAUGUCUUUGCUUAAGAAAAAAAGCCAUUGGACUCACCUGAUAAAUUAACACACGACUAAUAUUCGAAUGACAGUUGACCGAUAUACCACCGACAGUUGACCGAUAUACCACCGACAGUUGACCGAUAUACCACCGACAGUUGACUGAUAUACCACCGACAGUUGACUGAUAUACCACCGACAGUUGACCGAUAUAUCACCGACAGUUGACCGAUAUAUCACCGAAAUAUGACCGAUAGUAAGUCGAGGUGCGUCGACGAAAUAUCGACCGAUAGUCUAUCUCACUAUCGACCGACUAUCGACCGACCAUCGACCGACUGUCGACCGACUGUCGACCGCUAUAUCGACCGACUGUCAACCACUAUAUCGACCGCUAUGUCGACCGAUAUCUCCGUCGACAUUACCCACAGUAAACAAGAUCCUGUUAUUUGAUAAACAUAAUGAUAUUAUGGCCAAAAUAUUCUUCAUGACCCUACAGAAUUUUCACUGGCAAUUUUCUGUCUAGACUAGUUGGCAUGGUCUGAAAAUUUAAAAAAAAAAAUAAGUAUACUAGCAAAGCGACUGCCUCCCUUAAGUGACUACUCAUCUAAAACACCAAACUUUUCCCAGUCAAAUCACUACAGUAAAACCCUUUCAUAAGUGGCCAUCUCUUUCAUGCAACCACUUGUACAUGUAGCACGUCUGCUACCACCCACUUUUUUCAAUUGUAGUUUUAGAUUUUCCUCCUGUAAGCGACCACGUGAAGCACCGUUUGUUCUCUAUGUUCACUGUAUUUACUAGACCCGCCUCAAGGAGGUGUUGGCGGGGGAGGGGGGGAGGGUUGGGGUGAAGAACUUUUAUAAGUGGCAUCAUUUGCAUAUACACGUACUGUAGCCUCCUGCGGGUUGAUUCUCGUAAAUAACCACAUAUUAAAUCUUUGCAUUUUGGUUGGUCAACCAUGGGACGUUCGACUGUAAUUUCAUAUUGUGCAACAAUCCUGAGAGACUUCUAGCAGUCAAUACUGAUGGUUAAACAGCAAGGGUUUGCUAUGUCAUUGUAAUACAAGAUCAGGGGCUUAUUUAGGAAUAGGGGUUUAGAAAAGGGGAAUUAGCUUUGCAGGCUAUGGGAAUAAAAUUAUGUAUAACCUGUGAUCAGGUGUCCUUCUUCCCGUUUUGUUUGUGAGAAGAAACCAAAAAAAAAACACUCGAUCGUAUUAUUAAUAGAAUAUGAAACAAGCUCGCGCUGUUGAAUUUGAUUAGGCGAUUUUUCCAGCUGUGUUAUACAUGUAAGUAUUCAGCCUCAUUCCCAGUCAUCCUCUGCAAUUUCGGGUGUGACAUCACCUGUCAAGCCAUCCUCGGAGACCCAGGGCAGUUUUUAUGUCAGGAAAUUUCAUGCUUGGUUCUAAUUAGCCUCCCCGCAGACGUCCCGUGGGGUUUGUUCGUCACGCAUUCAUUUCUCUGUGGGGGAGAAAUGAAUGCAUGACGAAUGAACCAAAAUGACGUCUGCGGGGAGGCUAGGUUCUAAGCCUCCCCUGGUCACACAGAUAUGGUCAAAACCUUGUCUUUUUUUUCCCUAAAAUCUAAUGUGGAUUUCAUUUUGCACCAAUGAAAACAGAAAAUCAAAGUUUUAGCUCUUUACUAAAGCCUGAAGUAUAAUAAUUUCCAUUAAAACUGCCCUAAUUGUAUUUUUUUUUUCUCAAUAUGGCAGCCAAAAUAAGGCCUAAAAUGCUUUUCAAUACACUUUUAAAAAUAAAACCAGACAAUAAAGAAAGAAGAAGUUCUAAGAAGAAAUAAAGAAUAAAGUAGGGAUCUUGACGACAAUAUUCACGGCGAGUUACCCAUCCAGUUCCUAACCCUACGCAACAGGGUUUAACUUGAGUGCACUACUAAGACACGAGUUUUACGAGGGUUAUUGCACAUGUAUUUUAAGUAAUACUUGUUGUUAUUUCAGGCAGAGCAAGUAAGUCUUCAUGGCUUUAUAAACAUGUUUCUCAUCAUCUCACUGGCAAUGCUCUGGGCUUUGUUACCUACUGAUUUGAUUGCUUUUGGUGCUCAGUGGUUACAGAACAGAAUUCUUGUGGUAAGACUUUUUCUACAGUGGCCUGCAUACAUGUAGAUGGUGGUUAAAUUGUUUUUGGGGAGCAAGCUAAGGUGCGGGAAAAUGAUAUUGCACAAUAGCACCACUGUUUAUACAGGCUAUCGUUGAAUUGUAUAGUACUGUGGCCAUUUGAUAUCAGCUCUAUUAUUAAGGAGACUUUUAAAACCCCAGUUUUGCUGCUCAUAACAUAUGAUGUUUUUUAACUUGUUUAACCUCAGUGGCUGGCUCAUCAUGACCCUUAGGGAAGUGGUUAAAAUUUACAUUUUUCAGCGAGGGACCAAAAGGCACGAACUGGAAUAAAUGGAAUGGAAUAAUGACACAUUUACAAGAAAAUUCAUUUUACUCUGAUUUAUGGUUACAGUACUUGUAAAUUGUUUUGUACACUGAUCAGCGUAAUUUAAUUGUCCUCAUCAGAUUCUCUUGCACCUCCCUUACUCAAGAAAAUUAGAGGAAGAAGCAGAUGAGGUUGGCAUGACGAUGGCUGCUAGGGUAAGAAGAAACCAUGUAGUUACGUUUCUAGUAAACAGUGUGGAUUUCCAGGAGAAUACUUUUUUCUAGUGCUGUUCUGCUUGUAAAUAGGUUAAGCAAGGUCGGAGAAAAAUACUCAAUUUAGCAUAGAGUGACAUGACAUGAUCUGCCCUUGAAUCAUGCAUGAAAAGGCUAAUCAAGGUUUAACACUUUCGAUUACCCUACUCAUACCUCAACCCUCUCAGCUACCAGUGGGAAAACUAGUCUCAUGUACCAAUGGUGUUGUCAUCAGUUCUAAUGUGCAAAGAUAUCAUUUCAGAGAUGGUAUUUUACAAUUUGCCCUGUACUGACGCCAGAAGAAAUCACCAUGUUCUACACUUGUUUCUCCUCGCACCUUUGCGCGUGAGAAGUUUCGUCCCAAGGGGCGAGGGGCGAGGAGAAUGGCUGUUUUCACAGGCUACUUAAAAUUGCAAUUAAUAACUCAAGAUAAUGCUAGGAAAUUAGUGUCUGAAUUGUCCCUUAUUGUCUUACCGCCAUUUUGAAGUGACUGUACCUUAAAUUUGACGGAAACAUCUUGAUAUAAUGCGGAAAUUUUCUCCCAACACUUUUGGUUUAAUGAAACAUAAAAGUCUGUAUUUCAGGGUAUUUAACUCCAGCAAAAAUUUCAUGCCACAUAGUAUUGAAGAGUAGUUUACUGUAUUGAUGUACGCGUAUAUUAUAACAAACAGGCAUGCUUUGACGUUCGUGAAAGUCCCAGAUUUUGGUGGCGACUCGCAGCCGCACAGGAUAAAAUGGCCCAACCUGAGGCACUAAAAUGGUUAUCCACUCAUCCUUCCCACAGUGACAGAGCUCAAAAACUUGAAACUUUACUGCCAAAGGUAAAAGUCGUUAACAACUGUAGGGGUGUGUAAAAAUGAAUAGUUUAGUGAUGUCCCAUUAGUGCUUGAAUUAGCACAAGUUAAUGGAGGGCUUAUUUGAAGUCAUGGUGGGGUGCUUACAUAUUUGAAGUGGGUUCCUCAAAAGGUCGACGUCAAUUUGGCAGUGUUGAGUCAUAAUUGACAUAAUUGUGCUUGUGACAUUCAUCGUUCAAACUGGAUAAGUUUUAUUUUAUGUGAAAUUGUCAUUUGUCAAUGUCCCGCUGUCAAGAUUUUUUUAUCACAUGUAUUUGUUAUUCUUUGCUUUUAAACAUGUUUCACCAUUAUUUUUUUUUUCUUCAGGCUCUAGAGGCCAGGACGAAAUGCAGAUGUCCACCUCUCGCAGGUAAAGUUUCAAUCGUA